AUGGAGACUCCGCCGAAUUUAGAAUCCAACACAAAUCUGCUGUUAUCCCCGCCGAUUGAUACGAUAUCUAAUCAAUCCGGGGAGCGCAUUGUAAAGCUGAUUGCUGUGGGAUUAAAAGAAGCAUCUACCGACUCUCCCAGUUUUAGGGCAUCUGCAAAUUAUAUGAAUGAUCGCAUCGUGGAGUAUCAAUCGGUUCUGAAGAAGACAAUUGCUUUCCUCAAACGGUAUUCGUCUGCUUGUUCUGUUUUAGAUGGGAUGAGUUCAGAGCUUGUCAGUACUUUUGAAUCCUUAGAUCACAGCAGUUAUCUGGUCAAAGAUGUUGCAAAACCUUGUGUCUCCAAUACCUCAAAGGGGAUGAAUGUAAUUUUGAAUACGUUCCACAGUAUACUAGGACCCAAGUUAGACUCGGCUAAUACACUGUCGACUCUACUGGAGAAAGAUUUUGGAGCAUAUUUUGAGACUCGAUUUGCAUUCGAAACAAUUCAAGGCAAAUAUGACGCUUACUUAGAGCGAUUUGUGGCUCAACCAAAGAGCUUGGAUCCCACAAGUGCCAAGGAAGAUGCCCUACAACUAUUUGAAAUCAGAAAACAAUAUAUUCAUGUUUGCUUGAGCUUAUGGAUAUGCCUUAUCGAUUUGAGGCACAAGAUAAGUUCCUCUUUAGUUGGAGUUUCAAAUAAUGUAUGGAAUGCAAGCGAUCAAACCAGGAUUCUCUCAGAGUCAUUAGGCCUGAAACAAAACUACGCAGCUGUUGUGAAAGCCAAACAUUGUCUUGAUGUUCAAAUUCGUUCAUACAAAUUGCUGAUGAAAGAUUUAUUGGUAGCAAAAGCCAGUUCAGAAGAAGCUGUUAUCAGUCUGUAUACUCCCUCCAGUGAUCUGAAUUCUUAUAUUCCUGCUACCAUCAAUAUGUCGCAUUUGGCUGAAACCAACGUGCAGCAAUACGAAAAGCAUGGGUGGGUUUUUAUGAAGAGCAAUAGACUGAAUUCCAAAGACACUGUUUGGAUCAAAAGGUGGCUUUUUGUUAAAAGUGGCCUCUUUGGGUUUUUAUCGCUAAACUCGUCCCUUACAGCUGUGGAGGAAUCUGACAAAAUCGGAAUUCUUCUGGCUAACGUGCGAUAUAAACCGGAGGAGACCCGCAAAUUUUGUUUCGAGAUUAAAACCUUAGAGACAGAAAUAACACUUCAGGUUGAAACAUUGGGAGAGCUUAAGAGUUGGAUUUCUGUAUUCCAUAAUGUCAAAGCCUCGGCGCUGAAAACCAACAAUGCAGUUUCUAUGUCCCGGUUCGAGCCACUACUUGACCAAUUUAGACUAAAACCUGUUGUCGAAAAAGACUUGGAGCUGGUUAACUUUCCUACCUCUAAAAGCGACAAUGCACAGAAUUUGCUCACUCACACUUUACCACAGCUUAAGCUCGAUCUUGAUUUCAGUCCUCCGUUAGUAACAGAGCUUACAAACCUCUCUUGCUUAUCUCACCUUUAUCUUACAUCGGCGGAGGUUCCUUCGGCUUUUACAGCUAAUGUGUGGGGAUUCAUAAAUUGGGGACUUUACUACACUAUCGACAGUCCUUCUUUGCAGAAGGUAUCCAAAGUCAACGAAUUGAACUCUCAAAACCUCACUUACAUCAACCUUAGAUACCCAGCAUUUUACCCCCUUGAACUCAGACGAUUGGAUUUACAACUGCGCUCACUCUUCGAAUCACGAGUCCAACCUGAUGAAUUUGUUCUUGUUGUAUUUAGAGCUUUCUGGUCUGCUAACUCCAAGCAAGAACUCUUUUGUCAUAUUUAUGUCACGCAAAAGCACGUCUAUCUUUACACCUCAAAUUGUGGUUUGGUGUCGAUCUCAAUCUUCAACUUGGUCAAUUUUUUGUAUGUGGAUUCCGUCUCGAAAGACAACUAUGAUGUGCUCCGAAUGUACACUGUCAGUGGAAUUUCUACCAAAAUGAAGCUAUUUUUUGAGUCAGGCUCUCUUAUCAAAGAUCAAAUCAACUAUCUGAUAUCAGCUCGAAAAUCAUCGGAAACUAAGUCUUUGGAGACUAUACUUGAAAAUUUGACCAAAAUCAAAACCGUCAGAAACCAAAAUCAUGAGGACACUUCACAUGGCCAUUCAUCGGGCCCCUCUAACAAGAAUGAUGAAGAGAAUUCGGUUUUGACCGUUGCUUCGGCAUCGGAUCUUGAUAAUAAUAAUAAGCUGAAUUACAGUGAUGAUAUGAAGCUACUGUGGAUUAAAAAGUACGAUAUCCCUGCAAAAGCUCUUUUUCAUGUUCUUGUCGGAGAUCAGUCUUUUCUUCUACACUCCAUGCUUCCAUUUGCUCAGAUCACUGUAGAUACAGGGACACAGCACACCAUUUGGAGAUGCGAUUCGAAACAAAAGUUGACAAGAAACAUUUGGAGUUCGAAUUUGGAGGCACUUUCAGUCCAGCAGGAAAUCGAAUCAAUGUCGAAUAAUAAGUAUUACAACAUAUCGCAAAGCACCUCAUACCUCCGAUUCCCAUUUGGCUCUGCACGCAGACUUGUGAUCAGGUUUGUUAUUUUCAACACGGAUUCACGUACGUGUAAGCUUCUGGUUUACUACAAAGUGGUGAAAACAAAGAGCUUUGCUGAAGUAUUAAGCUCAUUGUUUUUUAGACAAGUCAUGUUAUUUAAGAUUGACGACCUGCACAAACACAUCACUUCAGCAAUCAAUAGUCUCUCUAACGAGAAUCGAAAAAUUGCGUCUGCAAUUAGAUUAUUUGGUCCUGUCACCAAAUUUGAUAGCGAUGAACCAACAAAAGAGGAGCUUGAGUUCCAAAAAGAAGUGAGGGGCGUCAAGGCAGAACUUCUUCUUAACGUUGUUUUACAGAAGCUAAACCUUGAGCUAGACAAGCUCAUAUAUGUCACUGCGAAGUUGGUACUACAAUCGAUUCUCACCUUGUUCAAAGAUUUGCAGAUGUAUUGGAUUUUGGUGGUCACAUUGGCUGUAUCUCUUAUUUUUAACCUUUAUUUCUCGGGGAAAACGAGUUAUUCAUAUUGGAUGGAGUAUAAUACAGAAAAAUAUGUUGACUCAUUGACACAGAGGCCAGUCUUAAUGAAAAGAAUGAUUUCGUUGAGCGAUAUCCAAGAAUUCACUCAGAGACCACAAUUGCUUGGCUCAGGAAAUGAAACUGCAUCAGGUUGUUUGUUGGAAUUCCAAAAACAGAUGGAAGUUCAUGAUCACCCGACAUCCAAUACUGGUCGUGUUCAGUCUCGUCUCGUGGAAUUUGGUCUAAAGAGAAACGAGCUUCUAACGGAAUUAGGACUUUUGAAUGCUGCUGAGAAAACAUACAUUACUUCUGAGUGGAAGAAAUGGGUAUUUAAUGAGCACAAGAAUUGCGAGCUAGCCAGGAUUAAAUAUCCUGAUAGCUACGACGAGCAGCUUGCACGCUACUGUGAUUCCACCAGACUGGAGAUGAAUUAUAUUUCGAAUAAUCUUCUAUAA